CGCGCAGGACUGCGCGCAGAGAAGACGUAGCUGCGACACUGGCGAGUCGAAACGGCCGAGAAGAUGCAGUGAAGGAGCCUCUGUUGAGCUGUUAAUUUACAGCCGGGUGUCAGGGCAGCUACAGUCAAAUAACGUCGAAAAUGAGCGUGAUCCAGACCGGGCACGACGGCAGGGUGGACGGUGGCAGAGGCAGCCACACCGACAACGGCGGCGGCUCCCCGAGGCUCCAGCCGUGCGCUCAGCCUCCCAACAGCAGCAGCAGCCGGACCAAAGAUGCCAGAUACCAGCAGCAGCAGCUCCAGCAGCAGCGGCAUCAUGGUGGGUCGAUGCUGAAACAACCGUCUCACAACGAGCCAGCCGACGUCGUGAGACGGGCGCUGGAUUUCAAGUGCCAAGGCACCCAGUGCUACAAGGAUAAGAAGUACCGGGAGGCGAUUGGCAAGUAUCACCGCGCUCUGCUGGAGAUUAAGGGGCUGUGCAGGGUGCUGGGGGAUCCGGACACCAGCUCCAAGCCCCCAUCCCCGCUCCUGCCGACCAUCAGCAAGUCCACCACGCUGACAGACGAGCAGAAGGGGGCCAUGGAGAAUGCGGAGCUGGAGUGUUACAACAGCUUGGCCGCCUGCCUGUUGCAGAUGGAGCUGGUGAACUAUGAACGUGUGAAGGAAUACUGUCUGAAAGUGCUACACAAGGAAGGGAAGAACUUCAAAGCUCUGUACCGAUCCGGUGUGGCCUAUUACCACCUUGGAGACUUCCAGAAGGCCCUGUACUACCUGAAGGAGUCACACAAACAGGAACCAUCAGACACCAAUGUCAUCCGCUAUAUCCAGCUGACAGAGAUGAAGAUUCGCCGGAAUGCCCAAAGGGACAAGAAAGAGGCAACAUAAGUACUUGCUGUCUGAUGACUUCUCACCCGUCAUAAAUUUCAGCCCGACUGUGUGCCACCCAGACCUCACACACCAUGAGUCAGAGGUCUUGGUUUCACACAAUGUUUGUUUGCUUUGCCUUGCACAGCAUCUGGUGGCCAGUUACGUGAUUGAACUACAUCAUUGUGUGCUUGAAGCAUUUUUUAAGAAUUGUACUUGAUACUGAGUUUAUGUCUCCAAACCGCCAAAUUUAUCUAUUAUGAAUCCCAAGUAUUUUUUAACCUCUACAAACUGAUGCACUGCCAGUCCAAACAUUGCACACACAGGCCAACACUUGUGAUAGAGACAGGAGCAACAAGAUCCUUAGAGUGAAUCCAGCAUGUCUGCAGGCGAGUGUAACUGUAAUUUAGCACGUGCCCUCGCACAAGAUGUCUUUUCAAUGGCAUGGUGUAAAUGAGUAACAACCACCUACACUUCUGUCACCAUACUUUGAUUUUGAAAGUACAACAAAAGACAUUUUUUUAUACUCUCAAUUAUAUCUGAAGUGACGGUGCUUUCAGUAAGCAGGUUUUGCAAAAUGCGCAGGCAAGGACAUCAAGAGCACAUGGUUGCUAAUUGCAGUACGAAUUUAAGAGACAUAUCACAAAAUGUAAAUAUGCUACUUUAUAGAAAUCACAGAAAAUAUAAUGGAGAGGUGAGCUAUUUGUGUUUGUUAAUGCCAAAACAAAGCACUUCAUUCACAGCAUUUUCUGUAUCAACAAAUGCUAUAUGUUUACUGUAUGCGUGUAAUAAAUGUGUCUAUUGAUUGAA